AUGGCUACAAGAUUUUUUGUAACAAAGUUUCAUUUACAUCUACCACCAAAUAUUUCUUAUCAUGAAACACCUACUAUUCUUGGUAAUGUGCCCGAACUUGGCACUCAGAAAGACCCAAUCAUCAAGCUUCAUCAAGAAUCCACAACAUACUGGGUGUCAGAAGAAAUUAAAUUUCCUGUCAGUUAUGUUGAAGACAACAUUCAAAUCAGAUACAAAUAUGCAUUAAUUGGCAAAUCAUUGUUAUCAAGAAGAAGUGUUGAAUUUGAGGGUUUGGAUGAAACAGAUGAUCAAAUUCUAGAAAAUUUUACUGAAAACCAAUUUGAUGUUUGGCAUACUAGCAAUUCACAUAAAUUUUAUGAGGGAUUUAGAGAUUUUAGUUUCAUUAAAGUUAUACAUGGAUCUGUAACACAAGAAAAUUUUAAAAAUCAAGUAAUGGAAUAUCAAAAACUACUAAAAAAAUAUCGUGAAUUGACUGUCACUUUUACUACAAUUGACUUUAUUAAGGAGUGUAUGCCAAUUAGUAAAGAAAGAGAAAAGAAACUUUUCUUGUGUGUUUUGCUUGGUUAUUUUAUUAAUGAGCGAAAAAACACUUCAAAGUUCAAUUUUUAUGAGUUGCCUAAUGACUUUGACUCAAGCACAUUAAUUGAUUCUUUGACAACUGUAUAUGAUAAUACUUUUCCAUCAAACACUAAUGAUAUUAUAAAACAAGCAGUUAAUCUUUUAAUCAGACAUAAUUUUAUCAAUGGUUCAUUUGAAUGGUUGAAAAUAUUUUCUGUUGCUGAUGUUAUUGAUCCAAAACAUGGCUUUCUUGAUGUUCUUGAUGGAAAAUAUAAAUCAAGAGGUAUGGAGUUGUUUAUUAAAAAUGUUGAGGAACAUGUCAAACCAUAUAUUGAUAAUAUCGAGGAUAUAGAUAUUUAUGUGAAAAUAGCUGAGGUAAUUAUUAUUAAAUUUUUUUUUAAUAUAUAA